AUGUCUCAGAUAACCGGCCAUUAUUGUACGAUUGAAAAAAUCACGGUGCUGGAAAUUGUUGCUACUGAUGAUGUUGAUAUAAUGUUCAAUCUGUUUCAACAACAAUCUACAAUGACAAUGCUUAAGUUGUAUGCUGACAUUGCUUGUGCAGACAGUUCUUCAUUGCCAGUUGAGUCAUUAGAUCUAAAUUUGCCACAUUAUGAUGCUUCAUCACAUCGCUGGCAGAAUACACAUGUCAAAUAUCUAAUAUUUUCCUCAGGGUCCCCUGUGCAUGAAAGGAGCUUCAAGAGACCUGAUCCUUUGCGACAUUUCAAAUACUACAAUGGAUAUUUCGAUGUUCGAAACAAGCAUUACUUGUCUUCUGCGGCAUUUACAGGAGUCCACGGAUACGCAUUUGCGGGAGUUUGGUUGUUAUGUGGGGUGGCCUUCGGCAUUUUUAUGAUGGUGAAGUGUCUAAGUGGUGGCUCUGUUUCAUUACCAUGUUUGAACCAUUUCUAUCUCCACAUUUUCUUCUUGCUUCUCUUUUUGACCUCUCUCGCCAUAGUUGCUUCCAGUUUUGUCCUCGCCACGAGUCAGAAGACCCUGCAGAGGACAGAAAAACUGAAAGAAACUGUGCUGGAUAUAGGAGAAGAUGCUCUUGGGACCUUAGGCAGAGUAUGUAGUUCAUUUCGUUGUUCUAACCAUCAACUUAGUGACACUGGUUGCAGCACUAGACAAUUGAUUGAUAUUAAUUUGGUUUCAUUAAUUGUUUGCUCACUUUGCUGUUUUGACUCAGUUCUGCUGCUGCUGCAUUGGCGUCCUGGGUUUAUAAUCAUAAUUUUCUUGUUUUGGAUCUUAACAAGCCUGUGCUGGUUCUUGACUGGUUUUGAUUUUUUCCUUCACACUUUUGCAGAUGAUGCAUGCUCAGCUUUAGAGGACUUUGAAGAAAACCCACAAAACAGUAGCCUGGGUUCGAUGUUGCCGUGCAUGAACGAAUCAUUCUCAGGGAACUUGAUAGCUCAAAUUGGCAACACCAUCCACAAUUUCAUAGUUGAGUUGAAUUCUAAUAUGUCGGUGAUUUAUCGGCUCCUAGGAGUAGGUGAAGAAAAUGAAGAAUUAAUGGGAGUCAUAAAGAUUUGUGACCCUUUCUCAGGAUCACCAAACUACAGCUACAUUCCACAGAACUGCCCUCAGGAUGCCAUUCGGAUUGGAGAUUUACCAAAAAUUCUUGCAAGGUUCACAUGUCACGAAGAGGACAAAAGGGAAGAAUGCACAAAAAAGGGGAGAUUUCUUCCAGAAGCUUCUUACAACAUGGCUCAUGCCUAUAGUAGAUCCAUCCAGGAUUUGCUGGAUAUAUAUCCAGACUUGGAAAGACUGUCAAAAUGCACCAUUGUGAAGAACAAAAUUGCUGAAAUUGUGCUGCAUCAAUGCAGGCCAAUAAGAAUUUGGACUAGAUUGUUGUGGUCAUCUAUGAUGUCUUUGUCCAUUAUUAUGGUAGUCUUGCCUAAUAACUGGGAAAAUAGCACUCCAUGCAGUUCGUAA